AUGUUCUCCAUAGGAUUCAACACCAGACGCUUACCACUCGAGUUCGACUACCCGACUAUCGCCAAGCCGGACGCUUCCCACUCGAGCCCGACUACCCGACGAUUUCCAAGCCCCCGCGAGCCCGUCUCCCCGACGUUCGCCCAUCGCAUUCAGAUGACACCAACCGACACCAUUAUUAAUAAUUUUACUAUCUGUGUUUCAUGGAAAUCCACCGGCACCAGCUUGGAAAGGAUAAAGGAGAGGAACCAUACUCAUACUCCAUUAGAUGCUCAUCAGGAAAAUCAGCUCAAAUUCGAAGGAGAUAAGGUUCUUGAUCAAUGGAGGAAUGUAAGUUUCCAAAUCUUUCGCAUGGUGGAGGACAUGGAGAUGUUCUUCCAAUUUCCAUGGGGAAAUGUGUCCUUCAAAGAAACCCAGAAGGUAUUCACUGCCCUCCAAAAGUGCAAUGUUCUCUACAAAAUUGAUGAGUCUGAGGAGGAGAAAAGGAUGUACUCUGGGGAGGACUUUGAAGAUAUGAGAGGAAACAUUUAUGACAAAUUCUUUGAAUUGGAUGGGAGGAAGAGAAAGAAUGAAGAAGAUGAAACUAUUAGUCCCCAGCUCCCCAAACUACCGACCAAGAAGAGGAGACUUAUUAGUCCCCAGCCUAACCCUGAAUUUACCGAUGAAACUAGCCAAGAAAGCUCUCAGCAAGUCCCUUCUACAACGACUCCUCAAACUAAUCAAGACAAUUCUACAUCUAGUGCACCCAAUCGAGUGUCUCAAGCCCAUAAUGAUGCUAAACUUGAUGAGCUGACAAAAGAUGUAAAGGAGAUUAAAACUGAAAUCAAGCUCAUCAAGAAUAAUCAACAUCUUAUAGUUACAUUAUUAGGGGAAAUAAAGGAACAAAAUAAUUGUGAUUUAAUGGAUGAGUUUAAGGAGGCUGAUAGUGCACUUGAGUUUAAGGAGAAGGAAAAGAAGAGGCAGGAGAUGAAGAAGAGGAAGGUGGAUGAGGAGAUGAAGAAGAGGAAUGUGGAUGAGGAGAUGAAGAAGAAGAUGAAGGAGAGGAAGGAGAGACUGAUGGUGUUGGUCAAGAGGAGGAAGGUAGCUGAGUUGGCCACUAAGUUAACCAAAAAGAAGGAGUUGACCAAGAAGAAGAAGGCGGAGAUGACAACCAAGGACGGGGUGGAGGAGGAUGAGGACGAGGAGGAGGGGGAGGAAGAGGAAGAGGAGGAUGAAGAGAUUGCCAAAAACCUAGAUUUGCGCCCCAUGCCCCACGACGAGGAGGACAAGGAGAAAGAGGAGGAGGAGGAAGAGAAGGAUGAAGAUAUGGCCAAAAAGGAGAAGACUGAGGAAGAAAAGGAGAAGACUAAGGAGAAUAUUGAGAAGGAGAAGGAGAAGACUGAGGAGGAGAAGGAGAAAGAGAAGACUGAGGAGAAUAUUGAGAAAGAGAAUGAGAAGACUAAGGAGGAGAAGGAGAAGAUUGUGGAGAAGGAGAAGACUAAUUAA